UGAUCCGUCAGUUUAUCUGCUGACCCUUCGAACGUUUUAAAUAAAUAAUAAACACUAACUCAUCAGUAACCGCUCCUUCUAAGUCAUGAAUGACAUGUAAUGCGGUUUUAUCUGCGAUCAAUUGAAAAAAGCAAAAAGUAAAUUUUAAAAAAUCCCGAUCACGUGUGAGUUAGACUCGCAGACGCAGGGUUCCGUACCAUCUUACAAGUGUCUCAUGGAAUUACCGGGCUUUAACAUCUGACAGCAGGUUCGGUGGGAAAUAUGCAGGAGCCUUGGUGGUCCUUAUAUCUACUUGGUGUUUUUAUGCUGGGACUCGAUUCUAAGCUCGUGGGUCAAGCGUUUCAACCGGAGUUUGCUGAGCCUAUUACGAAUAUGACCGUACCAAUUGGCCGGGAUGCCACAUUCAGAUGCUUGGUACACAACUUAGGUGGAUAUAGGGUCGGUUGGGUAAAGGCCGACACUAAGGCAAUUCAAGCAAUACACGUUCAUGUGAUAACUAAUAACCACAGAGUGGGCGUGUCCCAUAACGGACAGACUGUUUGGAAUUUACACAUUAGAAACGUUCAAGAGGAGGACCGGGGACAAUACAUGUGUCAAAUCAAUACUGACCCAAUGAAGAGCCAGAUGGGUUAUUUAGACGUGGUGAUUCCGCCAGACUUUGUGGCAGACGAAACGUCAGGCGACGUGAUGGUACCAGAAGGAGGGACCGCAAGGGUUUCAUGUCGUGCCCACGGACAACCCACACCUCGAGUUAUGUGGAGGAGAGAAGAAGGAUCCGAAAUAGUCGUUAGGGAUUCUAAUGGAGUUAAAAAUAAAGUGCCUGUGUACGAAGACGAAGUGCUGACACUAACCAAGAUCUCACGGUCGGAUAUGGGCGCAUACUUGUGCAUCGCAAGUAAUGGUGUGCCUCCUACAAUUAGCAAGAGGAUCAUGAUCAAAGUGCACUUUCACCCAGUAAUCCAGGUGCCCAAUCAACUAGUAGGAGCACCGCUUGGCACUGACGUCACGCUAGAAUGCUACGUGGAGUCCUCGCCAAAGUCUAUCAACUACUGGGUUAGAGAUUCCAAUGAAAUGGUGAUAUCGUCGAACAAAUAUGAGGUGGUUAAUACGGUGAUCAGCUCGUUUGAAAGUCGUAUGGCACUCACCGUUCGUAAACUGUCUUCGGCCGAUGUUGGAGGUUACAGAUGCGUUGCAAAAAACUCUCUUGGAGAAGUCGACAGUAUUAUCAGACUAUAUGAAAUACCAGGACCGUCAGUGAAAAAUACGAGCCCAGCUUUAAAAAAUGAAGAUUUCAAGUAUUCUACUCCAAUUGAAGGACCAGAUAACCAGUUCGGUUCAGCUGAGAGCUCCGAUGAUGAAGACGAUAAAGAAGCGGACAGUGAUCUCAAUACAAGGACAAAUAAAUUUUCACUAACGAACGAUAAUAGCACGCACAAAAAUAAAACCAUACUGCUGAACACUACAAAUUUAAUAAAACAGAAUCUAGGUAACAAAGUACGUAAGAUUAUAAAUAAAUUGGAAUCUGAAGCUAGAGAUGUUAUAAGUAAUGAAGGUACAAAGUGUUUCAAAGUCUAUUCCGCUAUUAAAAUUUUCAUAUGUCUCUGUAUUAUUACAUAUUUUUAAUAUUAAAAUUGCAGAGUGAACCGAGUUUAAAAUGUUAUACAAACCUAUAAUAUGAAUCAUUAUAGAACUCUACAUAUUAUUAAAAUUAUAAAUAUAUAAUAUUCAAUAAAAGCAUAAUAUUAUCAAAUAAUCUCCAAUUGCUAAACUAUUCUAACCAUAUUAUACAAUUAUUAACAGAACACAAGAACGAUCUUGAAGUCACAAUUAAAACAACUUCAAUUAUCAGAAAAAACCUUGUCAAGUUUAUGUUAAUAGAGAGUUAAUUAUCCAUACUACACUAUAGUAUAGUUGGUAUACCAACUAAUCAUAAUAUAGUGAAUCCUAAAGUAACAGAUGCGUUGUUUAUUUAUGUUAUGGUGAUUUACCUUUUUUUUGGCCCAACAACUGCACAGUUUAAUGGCUUAAAAGACGAAGCUAAAAAGAGUACUUAAAAAACUGAUACACAGGCGAUGUCUCGGGCAACAGCUUGUAUGAAAUAUUAAAGACUAUGGUAUCCUAAAAAUAGCCUUCGGAAAGUGCUUGUUCAGGUAAAGCAAUCUUGAUAAUUACGAGCUCUUCCUCUGUAGCCCGUAAACUUAAUUAAUUGAACAUUUUGAAGUGCUCGAAAAUUGAUAUUGAUGCGAAUGUUCCGGUAUUUUAAUAUUUCAGCUAUCAGCGUUAUUUAUUAUAAACAAGCCAUGUUUACGGACACAGAAAGCCUUAUAUAAGCCAUAUUGUAACCUAUAACCUGAAAUUAUAACAUUGAAACAUAUUAUAACAUUGAAUCAAUGUUAACGUGAAAAUAUUCCGCAACAACGUAAAGUACAAAUCUUCUUAGUUUAGCUAUGUAGACAUUUUUUGUUUAUAUAAUAUGUAGAUAUUGUAAUUAUAUAAAAUGUUGUUAGUUGUAAUAUUUUUUUUACAUUGUAUAUCAAUAAAAAAUUGAUUUGCGUCGCAUAGAGUCAAGUAGACAUAUUGAGUUUAGGAAAAAAAUUAUAAUUGUGAUACCUAGGUAAAGCAUAAAUCUUAAUGAUAUUGUCCGUAUAUUGUU